AGUUGACUGAUAGAAGACUGAUAGAGUGUAUGCAGCACGUCAUGGGGCCCAUGCCUAGACAAUGGAUGAAUGACUACGUGUUACCUCGGAUGGAGGGUUUGACAUGGGCUCAGUUUGUGGAACUUUUCAUCAAUCGGUUCGUGCCAGAAAGCUUCAGAGAUCAGAAACAGUGGGCCUUUGAGGCCUUAAGACAGAACGGCAGGUCUGUAGAUGAAUAUGCUACAGAAUUUCUGGAAUUGAGCAGAUAUGCCCCUGCAGCAGUAGCUACAGAAAAGAUGAAGGUGAAAAGAUUCCUAAAGGGGCUUGACAGGAGGUAUGCGAACCUGGCCAUGAUGUCUGAUCAGUCUUUUGAUGUGGUGGUUGACCGAGCCAGACAGAUAGAGAUCAGUUACGCUGUGGAUGACAGCGGAAGAGCAAAGAAGAACAAAGCAGAGGGUUCCUCAGGUGUCCCACCCAUGGCUACUACAGACAGUGGUGGUCAAACUACUUACAGAGGAAGAAGCAGAAAUAAGAGGAGUGGUUUUAGACACAAAUCCCGAGGGUUCAGACCAGGGUACGGAUCCAGCAGUGGUAACAGUUCAGGGCAAGGCAGUUCUGGCUCUGGUUCAGGAUCCUCUUUGGCACCGUGUGCACAGUGUGGAAGAGGACAUUCAGGACCUUGUUUGAUGGGGUCAGGAGUAUGCUUCAGGUGUGGCCAACCGGGCCACUUUGCUAGAGACUGCCCCGUUUUCAGUGAGCCACAGAUGGGGUCACAGGGUUCUGUUGCAAAUGUUCCUCGACAAUUGUAUCCGGGUGCUUCCAACAUGGCAGGCAGUCAGUUCAGUGGCCAACAGGGCCGAGGACAAGGGGGACGUGGAUUUGGAGGCAGAUCAGGAGGUAGAAGUCAGUAUCAGGGUUCUGCCACUCAGGGUAGGGGUCAAGCUCGGGUUUUCACCCUGACCCACCAGGAUGCUCAGGCUUCAAAUGCAGUUGUGGCAGGUGAGCCGGGACAGCCUUCUUCCUCCGCCCAGCCGUCACAGUAAUUUGUCGUCAAGUUUGUGAGUAAAAUAUUAAUUUUAACUGUAAUUUCGAUAUUAUUAUAUGUUCAGCAUGCCCAUGCAUCACUUAUAUGCAUAUAUUUAUGUAGUUAAACUCUAGGCACGAAUUAUGUUGCAUUGAUAACUGUUAAUGUGCCAUGAGUGUUGUUGUGGUAAUUUGGAGCAGUGUGCGUGCGUUGGCGUGCGUGUGAUGUGGUGUGGACUAUGGAUAGGACGGGUAGACACGGCUUGAGUUCUUCGCUGGGACCCGGUCCUUCGGGGUAGACACGGCUUGAGUUCUUCGCUGGGACCCCGAUUUGGUAUUUAAGUGGAAGUCCGAAAUGAG